UUAGAAGAUUGUUUACCGGCUGCCAUAGCAUUCCAGUGAAAGGCAAGACUUCUGCUAGCUACACAUCAAUACUAGGUCAACACUAGUCAAACAAAUGUGGAAGGCCCCUCCUGAUAAAAGCAGAGACGCCAGAUAGCCGAUAAAGAAAUCUUACAAUCCUCCCCUUCUCGUUUCUGCCACCUCGACUGGAGAGAGGAGCUCGCCCAUGGACUGGUCUGCAGCAGACAUCCUCCUUCUAGGAGCCGACGUGGACGAGUUUAGACUAGAGAAAAACAUAAAACCGGAAAAGUCACUGGAUGAAAUUGAGAAGCUAUGUGUCGAUGAGAAGCUCUCCGUGUUUGAGAAAGCUUGCCUGCUAGUCGAAAGCAGCUACGAUGUUCAGAAGAUGUGGGUCAUAGAGCAGUUACCAUCUUUACUCGUGGCCAAUAAACAAGGUGUCAUCGAUAAGAUAGUACCUAAGCUACUGGAGUCUUUCCAUAGCAGUAUAAAUAUCGAGCUCCACAGAACUGGUAGUAAAAUAUUCUCUUUGGUUGCAAAGGAUAACAUAGUGGAUCCAUCUGUCUUUGUUAGCUCUUUUCUACCAGCUGUACUCAGUCAUUUUGAAAAUAAGAACCAAUCCAUUGGCAGUUACUGGUUUGAUACACUAGUAAAUAUAAUUCCAUAUUUACCUAAAGACACACUGAAGCAUAAGAUAAUGAACAUUGCACGCUUAAGGGGGCAGCUGUCUCAGCCUGUGCCUUCCCGCCAAACCUGCUGCAAGAUCAUAGCAAAAAUGGCUGGUAGUCUAGAGGCAAACUGGGUCAAGCAAGAGCUACUUUCUCUUGUCAAGGCACUGGCACAAGAUGUUGAUAAUGAUGUUAGAGAGACAAUGUGUGGAGAGCUAGCAUGUUUUGCCAAGUGUAUGGGUCGUGAUUCAUGUGGUAUGUUCAUUCUACCUGAAGUGAUUGAGCUGUCAAGAGAUGAAGAAGUUGGUGUGAGAUGUGCUGCAAUGGUCACCAUAACAGAACUGCUGCCAUCACUGGAUGAAAACUCGUUAGAAAAGACUGUGGUUCCAUUGGUAAUGGAGCUAUUGGAGGAAUCAGAAACUGGUAAAGAGAUGAGACUAAGAAUUAAAUCAUCUGAAAUCAUUGGACACUUAGCCCAUGAACUGAAAGGAUACUUAACGACGGAUCAGAGUUUCCAAAUGCUCAAGCUUUUUGAGAAGCUCUCCCAGACGUCAUCUCUAGUGUCUACCGACUCCAAAAUCCUCUCCCCUCACACUGAGGGACAGAUAACAUCUUCAAGUACCAGCAUGGCCUCAAGGAACUCAUUCUCUCCACACAUCACUAAUGAUGAUGGAGCUGAGUGCAGGAGACUAUGUGCUUAUAAUAUGCCAGCAUUGAUGCUGUUUGCUGAUCGUCUGAAGGACACCAAUAGAUUAAUAACAAUCCUUAAGUCAAUGAUAAGUGACAAACAUGAAAAAGUAAGGCGUACAAUAGCCAGUGGUUUUCACGAGGUUGUAUCGAUACUUGGUGAUAGGAGCAAUAAAAUCACUAAAGAAUUUGCCACAUUACUGAACGAUGACAACAUAGAGGUACUGUCUGCUAUUGUAGAUCAUAUCCCUGAUAUCAUAGAAGUCCUUGCUGUGGCUCAUAAUUUAGACUCCAAAACGCGACAACCAGGUAUCCCUGAGCUGAUACAGCCGUUGCUUCAUUUUGAGCAGUUGGCCUCGUCCUGUCGUCAGUGGCGACUGCACAGUAACCUCCUGGAUAGUUUAUCCUGUUUGACCAGAUGCAUGACGUCGGAUCAACUUUAUUCUAAAUUUGUUCCAAUUUAUUGGAAAUGUAUUUCUAGAAAUGGAGUCAGUGUACAUGACAUGACAACACCAACCACUUACGUGUUGCCUGUCAAGUUAGCUGCUCUGAGGACACUAUGCUCUUACAUUAAAUACAUCAGAAAACUUGAGCAAAGGAGAGAAAUCUGCUCACAAUUUAUAUUAGAUUGUGCACAUCAUGAGAGUCACAAGCAGAGGCUACUCUUCAUUUAUGUUUGUCAAAUUAUUCUGGAGAACUUCUCUCGACAGUUCUUUAAGGAGCAGGGAUUCUACUCGGCUCUGUUAGACCUAUCUAAAGAUCCUUCCAGUAAUGUUAGGCUCAAAUUAUGUUCCUUGCUCUCUCAGCUAAAGACAAUCAUCCUCCUUCCCACUGAUAGGGAGAAGCAGCAAGCCUUUGAGUCAACCAUAUCCACACUACUCAUGGAUAAAGACGCUGAGACCAUUGCUGCUGUUAGCUGUGCAGUAAAAGAAAUGGCUAAGAUUAACUAUAGGAUACAAUCAAUGAUACCACAUUCAUUGUUAGAAGAGGAUCUUAUUGACAAGGAGAGAGAAGACGAAGAGCAGCAACUAUUGAAAGAUGAAGAGCAGGAGAGGGAGAGAGACAAAGACGCAAUUGCCACUAAAUUAUCGGCAGAUUUCCGUCGAUCAAAUCGAGGAGGAGGAGCGGGUGGUCAGAGUCCUGGGAUGGGAAGGUCUCUAGCUAGUAAGAAACUGAGUGGAUCUAGUGCAAAGAAGUCCAGUCCCAGUGUUACAAGGAAAGGAAGUGGUUUGGGAUUAAACUCUACGACUUCAGGUUCAUGUAGUCUCACUAAUUCACCUAAUCCUGCAAGACAAGGAGGGAAAGCAUCAUCAGCUUCAGCUGGUACUACCAAGAAGCGUAAAGGAUCCAUAGAGUCUACUGAUAGUAAUGAUAAAGGUAAAGGAUUCUUAAGUACUGGAUCAAGCAAGCAGCGUACAUCAGCUACUGGAGGAUCAUCUCCUAGCCUCUGUCCUUCUCCUGGAUCAUCCUCGCCUACUGUAAAUAGAGCAAAAUCAAGAGAAAUUUUGUCAUCCUCUCCCCCAUCUACAACCAGUAAAAGUUCUCCAGCAUCAGGUUCAAAGAAAUCUCAAUUGUCACAUGCCACAAAAGCAACGAGGGGAAGCUCCUAUAAUUAGUAUUUCAUUAAGAACAAAACGAAUGAAAUGCACACGUUGUAUACACACACACACACACACACACACACACAGAUACUAAUAAUACUAAUAAAUAUAAUACUACUAACUGGUUGAACUGGUUUUCUCACUCGACUAUUAUUUUAAUAAUAAAAAUGAUGCACAUUGCACAGUAAAUUUCUUGGAAAAACUCCUUUCCUGACUAUAAAAAAA